AGUAUUGUGAAGUAUGAAAUUUACCUUAGAAGUAACACGAAUUUUUGCCCCAUGUUGCAUAUUUCGUUUAUAAAUAUUUUGUCGAUUCGUUACGUUAAUACCUUUUAUCUUUUUCUAAACAAUAUCAAAUAUUGUUUUAUUCAAUAAAAUGACUACUAUUCUUCAUUCAGGAAUAUUAGAGAAGAAGCGGUGGCUCGGAAAGACAACGAAGAAGUGUUGCGAAAUAUUCAUCAGCAAUAUUCAAAGCGUUCGUCAAGAUAUAGUUAAUAUUAAGCAAAUAGAGAUUAUUGUAAAUGAUAAAAGAAAUUGCGUACUUCGCAGUGAAUCGAUAGAAAAUUCCGAGAUAUGGGUUAGAGAGAUUAGGAAAGCGAUAUUAAGUCAAAAUCAAAGAAGUAUUGAUAUGUUAGCGAAUCCGCAAGUUUGCGUUUCUCCCGUUGUUGAACAAGACGAUAGCGAUGAUUAUAUUCCAAACGAAGAGUGUUCGAAACAAAAUAACAACAACAACAACAACUUAGAAACAAAUUCUGGUUCAGAUUAUGCAAACGAUUCGUCUAUUAUACUGAUACUCCCUCAUACGAUAGCUUAUCGAUCUAGGAAGAUAAACGAAUUAAAAAGAAUGGCAACCAAACUUAGUGAAAGCGAUGCGAUUCGAAUUCAGGACCAGAAUCUUGUAGUAGCCUUAAGAAUUCGGCCGAUAAGUGAGGAAGAAAUUUGUGUUGGAGCAACUCCAAUAGCUCAUUGCGUUGACAAAAACAUGGUCGUUCUUAUGGAUCCUUUGGAAGAUCCUGACGAUAUUCUUCGAGCUAAUAGGUCACGAGAGAAGCAAUAUGUUUUUGAUUUGGGCUUUGAUGGAAACGCUACACAGGAAGAAGUGUAUGUUAGCACCUGCAGAUUAUUAAUUCCAAAUGUGAUUAAAGGCUUUAAUGCAUCGGUUUUUGCUUACGGCGCCACAGGCGCCGGUAAGACCCACACAAUGCUUGGCACUGAUCGAGAGCCUGGAAUAAUGGCCAGAGCACUAAACGACUUGUUCCUAGAAAUGGAUAGAACAAAAGAGGAUAUGUCCUACAAGGUGACCAUGUCGUAUCUUGAGAUUUAUAACGAAAUGAUUCGAGAUCUCUUAAAUCCGGGAAGCGGUUUCUUGGAGUUACGAGAAGACGCAAAAGGCGUUCAAGUAGCAGGGUUAUCGGAAGUAUCCGCACGCUCAACGAGAGAGGUCAUGGAUAUGCUCAUGAAAGGCAAUAAAGAAAGAACCCAGGAACCAACCGCAGCAAAUAAAACAUCAUCCAGAUCCCAUGCAGUUCUUCAGGUUACAGUUAGGCAAAGAGACAGGGUUAGAGACAUUCUACAGGAGGUUCGCGUCGGCAAACUCUUUCUUAUCGAUUUAGCCGGUUCGGAAAGAGCCGCAAAUACUCAAAAUACUGGUAAAAGAAUGAUAGAAGGUGCUCAUAUAAAUAGAUCUUUAUUGGCUUUGGGAAACGUAAUUAACACGUUAAGCGACAAGAAUAGUUCGAGAUACGUCAAUUAUAGAGAUAGCAAAUUGACUCGCCUCCUCAAAGAUUCGCUUGGUGGCAAUUGUAAAACGGUAAUGAUAGCUCAUAUAAGUCCUGCAAGUGUACAUUUUGAAGAAUCUAGAAAUACCUUGGCCUACGCUGAUAGGGCUAAACACAUUAAGACAAAGGUGAAAAAAACAGUAAUGGAAGUGUCUCAUCAUAUAGCGCAGUAUAAUAAUAUUAUAACUGAGCUGAGAGAAGAAGUUGAACGAUUGCGUGAGAAGCUCGAUCAGCAAGGUGCAGUUAAACGAAAUAGUUCCGCCCUAAAGGCUAUUAAAAGUGAAGUUAUGCAACCCCAAGAAGAAGCCGAACUGGAGAGAAUGAAGGAGAAAUUAGUUAAUAAUUUCCGUGAACAAAUGGACUUGAGGAGACAACUAAUGGAUCUCAAUAACUCUGCUAUGGAAAUUCACCUAGAAACAGUUCGAAAUCAGUUGAUAGUCGAUGAGCACGAAAGGCAAAAAACUUAUAGGGCUAGUAAGAGGGCAGCUGAAAUGGAUGAUGAAAGCAUUAAAGAUGCCGACGUUGAAAAGGACAUGAUUGAAAGUGAAGAAGUUAAAAUAGCUCGAAAUGAAUUAGUCACUUUAGAUGCUGAUAAAGUCAAAGUAGAGAGGGAUAGGCAAACGUUAGAAAAAUAUCUAAAAACUGCAAGAGGUAAAACGUCUAGUUUACUUCCGACAUCCUCCUCCCCGUCUCCGCAACACCGUGAAGUUUUAGCUCUUAUGUGCAGGGUUCACGAACUAGAAAUAGAGCAACUUGAAACUCAAUCAGCAUGUAUUCUAGCUGAAUUUGAAAUACGAAGAAGAGAUUUAGGCCUUCAGAAAUAUGAACAAUAUAGAUCGAUAGCUGAUCUCCUUAUUAGACAACAAAGAGAUUUAUUAACCAAAAAUAAUAUUGAAAUUCCACGAUACCUUGACGAUUUAUAUGAAAAUUAUACAACGUAUGCCGAGACUAGCCUCGUACCCGAACUACCUCGCAUUUCCGGACAGAGGCCUCCAGUGGUAAAUAAUAAUUUUAAAUCUGGUGUUGAUUCUUUAACCGACAUUGAAAAACAUUCAAGUCGCGAUGAUAAUAAUUUACCAUCAAUCACGGAACAGGGCGUUUCUCGUCGGCGACUUUAUAGAACGAAAUCUAUGCUGACUUUACCGAAACCUGGUGAAGAAAAUGAGGAAAAGGUUUUCAGCCACUCUCCGAAAACUCGUCAUAUCAAAGAAGCACAGCUGCGUUCACUUCACGGUACUAAUGCUGCAAAAUCGACCCCAGCAAUUAAUCGUGCAGUAGCACAUAAUCAACAAGUUGAGAAAGUUAUAGUGCUUAGUAGAAGUAAUACUAGUACGCCUACAGCUAUUGCUAAAGAACAAGCGUUUAAAGACAAGCAAUUAAUAUCUUUAAAUACGCGUUCAAUAGCUGCCAGAGCGGCAAGAAAGAAAACGAGAAAUUUAGAACCAAUUAACGACCAGUAUCUUUCGCCCUCCCGUCUGGCAAAACACGAUAGAACAUACCCACCCCAGCCACUUCCUUCACAUGGGGACGAUACCUCAUUAGGAAGAGGCCGGAAUGGCAGGACAAGGCGUGGGGGAUAUCCACCGUUUAUUAGGCACACAAAUAGAAAACUAAACGAAUCGACCAUACCAAAGAAAGUCAAAGUUGCAAGACCUGGCGAUAGAAGACGUCCAAAAAAUCAUAUACACGAAGAUGAAUUAGAUUCAUUAACUCCUAUGCAAAAUAUGGAAAAGAAGCGAUUCACUCAUAAAGUUGCUUCAAGCGACGCUUCAACGGUAAGCACACCUCAGACCAACAACAGUCGGUUGAGAAAGAAUAAUGGUACAAUACCAAAUUAUGGAAAAGGUGAUAUAUCUGUUGCUGGUCAUGGAAUUCGCUGA